AUGUAUGUUGAAAUCUCAUCUGUUUUAAACAGAAGGUCAAUCGUUAAACCAAUGGAUCAUCCUGAAGAUCUUGAUUCGUUGAAAGUUGGGUUCAUUGAGAAUGAGAACUGGGGAAUGGUAUUCAAAGUGAAAGAAAAUGAAGUUCCAAAGAAGUGUAUGUUUUAUUUGAUUGAUAAGCACUUCUAUUCUUAUGUGGCUUUAAAUCAAAUAUUGUCAAAUGCGGAGAAGUUCAAGAAAAAUACUUCUGAUGAUAUGAAAUGCAUUUUAGAUAUGAUCAAGUGGUGGAUCAGAGUUUGUUCUAUUCUGUUGAAAAGAACACCUAAAGUGUUUGAUUCUACAGAGAAUCUGGAAGUAAAGACAAUUGAAGAAAAUUGA